CAGAACCCAACGAGCGACUGUACAGUGCAGCGCUUAAUCUGUAAUCGGUUUAACUCGCGCUGACAGCGCGGCGCGGCUGCAGCGCGACACUACCGCUCCGCAUCCAUCAUGGCGAGCGCUCCGACGGUGCACGCGCCAGCCGCGGGCUCCACCACAUCCCUCCAGGGCCCCAGAGAGGAAACUGGCCUGGAAGGAGCCGUUCCUAUUUUUAAGGCAGCAGAUGUGGUCAUUGAACGGUCUCCUACGUUCAGUGCCAAACCAGAGGUGACCACCCUGGUGUUUGGGAAUGUCUUCACGGACCACAUGCUAACUGUCGAGUGGACCGGUGAUGAGGGCUGGAAGAAACCCCACAUCAGACCUUUCCAUAACCUGUCUGUCCACCCAGCAAGUUCUGCUUUGCACUAUGCUGUCCAGCUCUUUGAAGGAAUGAAGGCAUACUGGGGGCAAGAUGGCAGGGUGCGGCUCUUCAGACCGAUGCUCAACAUGAAGAGGAUGCUCAAGUCUGCAGAGAGGGCCUGUCUGCCGAGCUUUGAUGGCGAGGAGCUGCUGGAAUGCAUCAGGAAGCUGGUGGAGACUGACCAGGAUUGGGUCCCCCGCUCAGAUUCUGCUAGCCUCUACAUCCGACCCGUUUUGAUAGGCACCGAGCCCUCUUUGGGUGUGAAGAAGCCAUCACGUGCGCUCCUCUAUGUCAUCCUCAGUCCAGUUGGGUCCUACUUCAGCACCAGCACCAAGCCACUGUCCCUGUGGGCUGAUCCAAAAUAUAUACGGGCCUGGAAAGGGGGAACUGGAGACUGCAAGAUGGGCGGGAACUAUGGUAACUCAAUCUACGCUCAGUAUGAGGCAGCAGCCUACGGGUGCCAGCAGGUUCUCUGGCUGUACGGGGAAGACCAUCAGAUCACUGAGGCGGGCACUAUGAACCUCUUCCUUCACUGGAUCAAUGAAGAUGGGGAAGAGGAGCUAGCCACCCCUCCACUAGAUGGAGUCAUUCUACCUGGGAUCACACGUCAAAGCAUCAUAGAACUUGCCCAAAAAUGGGGGGAGUUUAAAGUUUCGGAGCGCUCCAUCACAAUGGCACACCUGGAGCGUGCUCUGAAGGAGAACAGGGUCAUGGAGCUGUUUGGUUCCGGUACUGCAUGUGUUGUGAGCCCAGUAGGGCACAUUAUGUACCAGGGCAAGAGUUUGCACCUCCCCUGGCAGGAGAACACUCCCCGGUUGUCUUCCAGACUUCUGAAAGAGCUCACAGACAUUCAGUACGGACGGAUCCCCAGUGACUGGAGCUUCCUGGUGUAGACAAAUUGGUGGACGUUCAGAUGACCGAGUGAGAGAGAAGGAACAACGCAAUACACACACAUUUUCAGAACCGCUUGUCCCAUACGGGGUCGCGGGGAA